AGUAUGAUUUUUCUCUUCCGUUGCAAACAGUUGGCUGGUGUACGUUUUUAAUGCCAUCAAAAGGAUUUUGAACAAAAAGAAAAAAAAUUAUGAAAAAUAAAUACACAGAUUUUAAGUGCUACUAAACGGUUGAGAUUGAAGAGGAGAUGAAAAAAGCCACAAUAAUUAUUUGCAAAAAAAAUUAAAUUUAAAUUUAAAAAAGAAAAAAAUCAAAUAUGAAAAAUUUAAAUAGUAAAACGGCAAUGUGCAUUAAUGAAUUCUUUAAUAAAUGUGUAGUGUAAAAAGCAAAGAAAAAAAUUAACAAAUAUUUUUUAGUAUAUCGUAAAUAAAAGUCAAAGAAAAAUGUAUAUUUGAGAGAAAAAAUAUAAAGUUUAUAUAUUUAUAUCUAUGUAUCCACUCGUAUUUCUAUAAGUUUUCCUCUACCUACGUACGCUUUUUGUGGUUAUCGAAACAAGAAAAAAUAUGAAAAAAUAAGCAAAAAAACAAGAAAAGAAUCUAUGUAAAUUUCAUAGCUCCGGAACACAAAAAAAAAAAAAAAAAAUAAUAUCGAAUUAUAGAGUAGAGGAAUUUUUGUGCUUACGGUGGAACGUACAUUCAACUGCUGCCAGCCACUGAAGAAGAUAAUAAUGUCCGUAAUGAAAUCGGUCGUUGCCAUUAAUGAUCAUCAUCAUCUUCGUCGUCAGAAUAAUAGAAUCAUCAUAAUCGAGUAAAUCUAUUAAAGUUCAAAUAAUAAUUUCUAAUACAAUUAAAAAUAUUGUGAAAAGUGAAAAAACAACCAACAAACGAACGAACGGAUAAAGAAAGAAAAUAUUGAAAAAAGUGCGUUACGCACUCUUUUUGAAUAUGGCUGCUAAUGUUUAGUUUAGUUGAGUUGAGUUACUCUAGAAUUCUCUCCAAACAAAAAAUGUAUGGAGGAGAAAAAGAAGUUUGCUAAAUGAUUUUAUUGAGGAAAUAAGUAUUUAGCAGGCUGGUGGCUGACUGGCUGCUGUUUUUAAAACGGAUACCAACGGAAAAUAAUCAAAACUCAAAGUAACUACAAAACAACAAAUUAUUAAAUAAGAUUAAAUGUUUCAUUAUCAGCAACUUGAAGCACAACUACCAAAAAGAACCAAUGUUAAAUUUAGUAUUUCCUAACGCACCAAACCCUACAAAGUAUUAAGAGAUCCAAUCGGCUUCAAUAUUUACGUAGAAAUAUAAAAUUUUUUUAUUUAAAUUUAGAAGCAUAAGCAAUAAGCCAAUCAACAAGUAGCUUAAGAUUAAAAGACUUAAACAAAUUUAGAAUGUCUUGUACAGUAUCAGAACUGCCGUCAGGAUGUCGUUUGCGCGGCAUGAGCUCAUCGUCACAGCAACAACAACACAAUACCAGCAACACUGGCAGCAGUGGUGGCAAUGGAUCUGGUGGUGGCGGCGGUGGUGUUGGAGUCGGCAUAGUUAGCAGUAGCGGAGGAAAUGGUCGAAGUAGUGGUGUUGUAGAUGUUACAAAUACGGGAGGUAUUCAUAUAGGAGGUAUGUUAACUUCAACAAGUGCAAUGGGAACAACGACAAAUAGUGGUUUAACAGAUGCAACAACUCCACUUCAACGUCAACAACAACAAUCACAAAAACCAUGUUGUUUCUGUUGGUGUUGCUGCUGUUCGUGUUCGUGGGCAAAAUGUUUGGCAUUGAAAAACGCAGAAGACAAUGCACCUACAAAACGUGAUCCGGCUAGUUCUGAUUUAUUAUUAGAAGGAGAACAGCCUUCGCUGGAGGAAAUACGUAGUUGGGGACACAGUUUUGAUAAACUAAUGAAAAGUCAAAGUGGUCGAAAAGUAUUUCGUGAUUUUCUACGUAGUGAAUUUAGUGAAGAGAACAUACUGUUCUGGUUGGCCUGUGAAGAUCUGAAAAAAGAAAUCAAUGCAGAAGCAAUUGAGGAAAAGGCUCGACUCAUCUAUGAAGAUUAUAUAUCAAUAUUGUCGCCCCGCGAAGUAUCACUAGAUGCAAGAGUACGAGAAGUAGUCAAUCGCAAUAUGGUUGAACCGACAUCACAUACAUUUGACGAGGCUCAAAUACAAAUAUACACACUAAUGCUCAGAGACUCAUAUCCCAGAUUCAUAAAUUCCCAAAAGUAUAAAACACUCGCUCAACUGCAAGAUGGCAUGUCCGCAUCGGGCUCCACAGCAGACAGUCCUACUUAAAUGUUGCUGAAAUGAACUAACAAAACCAAAACAGAAACACUGAAGAAAAACAUGGGAAUCAAUGUCACUAUACAACACAAACUGAUGAUCCAUAAGGUUGUUGCUGCUUACAAACUAGAAAAUUAUAAAUUUCCUACACCAAACACCCCCUACUCCCGCGCAAACCAAAAAAAGAUCAGAAUUUGCAAAUGAAAACUAUAAACAAAACAAAAACAAAAAAAAAAAACAAACUAUUGCAAGCACUUUGCCUUGAUCAGAAUGGAGUAAAACUUAAACUUAUAUAAGAAACACAUAAUUAAAGCACAAAUAGAGCAAUAUUUCCAAUUUGUUUUUAUUUUUGUUGUUUAAAUUUUUAAAAUACUUUUAUAUCGAAUUGAUCACUCUAGAACAAAAACAAAAAAAUAUAUAAUAAUAAUAUAUAUGAAAAAAAAUUAACAAAAUUAGAUUUAUAAGCGCAACAAUCGUAUUAUGCAUUUUAAAUGUUUAAAGAAAAAUAAUAAAUAAAAAUAAAUUUAAAUAGUUUUUAUAAACUGCUUAUAAAUCGUAAACAUUACCAAAAUAUUUUUUUUACUUAUUUAUACACAUAUUUGUUACUUUAUUUUCGUUUAAAAGUUUUAUAAUUUUUAUUAAUUCCUUUUUAUUUCUUUAUUUAGCCAAUAAAUCUCUAGUCAAGUUAUGUAAAUUUUAUUUAAAUUUAAUUUAAACUAAAUAAGUAUUUAAAACAACACAAACACAAAGAA